ACCGAACUCCCCCAGAAAGUUCGCUUUGGUGAUCUGUUUUGAACUGCCGAAACGAACUCAAAACGAACUUCGUUUCGGCCUGAUUUUGUUCGAAAUGACGUCAUAUCAGUUUGUUCUACGAUUUCGUUUGAAGUAUAUCGGGACCUUUAUACUCUUGGUUAUGCAUGAUAUUAUGCAAACAUUAAGUUAAAGGGGGGGGGAAAAAGGCUGAAACUAGUUUCCAGGAACCUGCCACGUGAAUCUCAGACAGUCCUCCUCCUCAUUUUAAAAACGCCCCGCACGCGUGUCUGCGUUCACUCGCGCGCUCUCAUCAUCAGCGGUCAUCAAUACUAUCAGCGAUGGUUGUGCUCUCUUCCAUGUGCAUUUACUGAUACUCUCAUCACUCAUGAAUAUUUCUGAGAGCAGUGUGCUCGGCACCGUGCUGCCUCUUACUAGUUUCGAGAACGUGCUCGUGUUUCUCUUUAAUAUAAUUCUCGCCACCGCCAUCAUUUUUAUUAACGUCUCCGUGUUUAUCGCCAUCGUGAUGAACAGAUCACUGCGGAACGAGAACCGCUUCAUGUACAUGCUCAGCACGUGUCUCAGUGACAUCUGCACGGGCGUCUCGUAUUAUUAUGCUGGAGUUAUGGAUGUACGCGAUGAUUUUGAUUCGCCGACUCGCACUCUCUACAUCGUUCCCACUUUUCUGGGACUGUCCUAUAUGGCGAUUCUGGCCGCGCAAGCGGACCGCUACCACGCGGUCUCAGCGCCUUUCAAAUACUCGCAGCGCAUGACUCGAAACAGAACCCUGCUGGUGAUUCUGGCCUACUGGGUUUAUGCUUUUAUUUUAGUGGCUGUUUAUAAUUUGGUGACUACGGGGGUCGCUAAGGCUGUGACGGGCUUGGGUACUUUUGUGGCAAACAUUUUUAGUGUCAUUAUAAUGAUUGGCUUGAAUUUAAGGCUGUUUGUCAUCGCCAAAUUUCAGCUAGAACGCGAACCCCCGAGCGAGGAACGCGACAACAAGCGCGCGUCCAUUUAUCUCAUCAUAAUAGUAGCUGUGUGUUUUCUGAUUGCAUGGCUGCCGUGGUUUCUUCUUACGACUGUGUGUACAUUUAGAGGAGGUUCGUGUUAUCCGUUUAGAAAUGACGGCACAGACCCCCUGCGCAUUCUGGCGCGCGUCAAUGCGCUUAUCACUCCUUUACUGUACAUCAGAGGCUGUACUCCACUCAGGAGCACCAUAAUGAUUAAAGUCUGGAGAAUACCAUGCUGCAAGAGUAAAAGAGUGAAGCCACAGAAUAUGGAGAAGACUUUAGACUAGAUGUAGCAGGGAUCUUCAGGAUGUGACAAUCUUCGAGUGGCAGGUCUUUUAAAGAGACUUUAAGAAUACACUGCCUGGCCAAAAGAAAAAAGUUUCCAUUUGGAUUUAAAUAAGCAAAUGCUUAAGAUUUCAUGACUGGAUCAAUAUUGCAUUGAAUAAUGUUUCUAGCAUGUGGUUCACAACAAUUAUUUUAACCCUAAAUGAUGCAAUGUGCAGCGUUUUAUUUCUUAAACAACCAAGUUGGAAGAUGUAUUUCAUGGUCAUAUUUUAGGAUGAUGAUGCCAGGAUUCAAUCGCUCAAACUGUAAAAUAUGGUUCAGGGAACAUGAGGAAUCAUUUUCACACAUGAAUUGGCCACCACAGAGUCCUGAGCUCCACUGAAAAUCUUUGGAUGUGCUGUAGUCGAUUUUACAGAGUGGUUUAACUCUCCCAUUGUCAAUACAAGAUCUUUGCCAAAAAUUAAUGCAACUUUUAAAGGAAAUACAUUUUGUGAUGUUGCAUAAGAUUUUUGAAACCGUGCCACGAUAAAUGCACAAAAGGCACUGCAUUUACAAAAUAUUACAGCAUGCAACAACCUUUUUUUUUUUUUUGGCCAGUUAUACUUAAAUAUUCAGUAAACAUCUGUGAACAACUCUGUGUACAGUUUCAUGUCCCUGUCCUUUUUCCCACUUGAUAUAUCUGUUGUAUCUUCAAAUAGCAUUUAAUAGAGCAAAUGUAUUAUUGCUUAUGCGUCUUAAUUUGACCUUCUUGGGAAGUAACUUACUGAAAGCAGAUUAAUUAUAUAAAGUGCCAAGAUGACAUUUUGUUUCAGAAAUCUGUACUGUAUGUACAAGCUAAGACUGAUGAGUGAUUUUUUUUUGUAUCUAUAUAUGUAGGCUAUUCAAAGACAAGUUCCCUUUCAUCCACUGUUGUUUUUAUUGGCCUGUGUAAAUUAAAGUUUGAUAACCAUUUAAAAUGUUAAUUUAAAUUGAUUGAUUUUUUUAUUUAAUGUGUAGCACAAAUAGUUAAAAAGUUCCUGUUCAUCAAAAACCUUUCACAAACCUGUUGACCAACACUCUGCAUUUACUUCAGAUUAUAAACUGCUUUCUUACAUCAUGCAUGUGUGAAUGUAUGUGUGUGUGUCACUUAGGCCUACAGUUUUGGCCACAAAAACACUUUAAUUUAAAAAUUUUAAAAACGUUUUAAAGAGUUUACUGGCGGCAUUUUGGUUUGAAUUGCGCAUUUUAUAGUUUCUACGCAUCACAUCAGUGACUUCUACUGUUUGAUAAAGUCCAUACGCGCACAUUUAAUUAGAAAAAAAGGCUGAAACAGUUUCCAGGAACCUGCCACAUGAAUCUCACAGAAAACCAUCAUAAGGCUUAAUGUGUUAUUAAAC